UCGGGCGGGCUGGCUGGCUGCAGCUGGCAGGAGGUCUCGGGAGUUGGGCGGCCUCGCAGCUGGGCGUCACUGCGGUGUAGUCCCGCUCGCCGCAGGGUGAGGGUGUUUCUGAGGGGCGCGCGAGCCCCGGGAGAGCCAGGAGUGGUUCCUUUGCAGUGCGCAACCUCGCGGGGGUUUCUCCUUUGUGAGCUUGGCCAGUCUUGCCUUGACCUUUUGUUAGUUUUUGGUGUAUGCAGCGUUUUGUGGCAGCUUCUGCAGUUUGAUCGGUUUUACCGAUUCUGCCCCUUUAAACUUCUCUUUAGGGGGGAAAAAAAAAACCAAACCAAAACAAAAACCUAACCCACAAACCUACACUUGGUUUUAGUUGGUUCGUUUGUCAUCUGCUCACUUCCUGCAGGACUCCGGAUACAAGGGAGUUUUUAAAGGGACCGCAGUCAUUUUGUGAGGAACUGAUACCAUUUUACUCAUUUAGAGCUGCUUGGAAGAUGUUACAAAGCCACCUUUGAGAGAAGACAGGGAAGAUACAGAGAAAGGCAUUACUGAGCAGAAGGACAAAACGGGCAACUCCAAACAAGAAGAAAAUGAGGAAAUGAAUCGAGGAUUGAUGCUAAAGUUUGAAAAUCUGGUCCAGUUAUGUGGUGCACGCCGGCAGAUGUGUACUCUCUCCCACAGAAAAGUUUACAGAGCACAAUGGAAGCCUGUGCAGUCAUCUGCACAUCCCAUGUGGUCUGUUCCCCUGCAUCCGCAGUUCUGGCAAAAAGACAAAUUAAUCCCUGUUGCCUUAUCGCAAUGCAGACAUCUAGCUACAAAGGAGGAGACAAAAAACAAGAAAAAGAAGACACCACUGACAAAAGGUGAAGUAGAGAUAAGGCAGAAGAUGACUAUUGAGGAACUUGCACGAGCUAUGGGUAAAGAUGUAGAUCAUAUUUUUGAAGCGCUGCUGUACACAGACAUUGACCUUGAUUCACUAGAACCGGAUUCCAUCUUAGAUGAGGACCAUAUCAAGCUAAUUGUUAAAAAAUCAGGAAUGAAGUAUAAAUCAGCAAAACUGAAAGAGGAAAAAGAAAGAGAAAACACAGAUGCUGUCAAAAGGCCUCCUGCAGACCCAGCAGUACUAACCCCACGGCCCCCGGUUGUUACUAUCUUGGGCCACGUUGAUCAUGGGAAAACAACCUUACUUGACAGUCUACGAAAAACUCAGGUGGCAUCGAUGGAAGCAGGAGGCAUUACACAACACAUUGGGGCUUUUCUUGUGCAUUUGCCUUCUGGGGAGAAGAUAACUUUUCUCGAUACUCCCGGACAUGCAGCUUUUUCAGCCAUGCGAGCAAGAGGUACCCAUGUUACUGACAUCGUCAUACUAGUUGUAGCAGCAGAAGAUGGAGUAAUGCAACAAACGAUAGAAUGCAUUCAACACGCUAAAAAUGCAGGAGUUCCUCUUAUCCUCGCCAUUAAUAAAUGCGACAAACCUGAAGCUGAUCCUGAAAGAGUAAAGAAGGAAUUACUGGCUUACGACGUGGUCUGUGAAGAGUUUGGAGGUGAUGUUCAAGCUGUAAAUAUUUCUGCACUCAAGGGUGAAAACCUGAUGGUUUUAGCAGAAGCAACUGUCGCUUUAGCAGAGAUGUUAGAACUGAAGGCAGAUUCCACAGGUCUGGUAGAGGGGACUGUAAUUGAGUCUCGCAAAGACAAAGGGAAAGGUCCAAUUACCACAGCCAUAGUCCAAAGAGGAACUCUGAGAAAAGGCUGUGUUCUGGUUGCAGGGAAGACGUGGGCAAAAGUGCGUCACAUGUUUGAUGAGAAUGGCAAAGCUAUAGAUGCAGCCUCUCCAGGCAUCCCAGUGGAAAUCAUGGGCUGGAAGGAAGUUCCUUCGGCGGGAGAUGAAAUCCUUGAAGUAGAAUCUGAGCAAAGGGCGCAUGAGGUUGUGGCUUGGAGAACCUAUGUCGAACAACAGGAGAAGAUGAAAAGGGAUGUCAAAGCUAUUGAAGCAAAGCAAAAGGAACACAGGAUGGAAUAUGAGGAAAAGCAACAGAAGCUAGCCCAUCUGACCUGGAGACAGAGGAAGACAGCACUGUACAAGGCCAAUAAGCAUCUAAUGUUUUCAAAACCUAAAGAGAGAACAGAGAUGGACAAAAAUGUGCUAUCGGUAAUUGUUAAAGGUGAUGUGGAUGGAUCUGUUGAAGCUGUUUUGAACAUUCUGGACAGCUAUGAUGCUGACAAUGAGUGUAAAUUGGAUAUCAUUCAUUUUGGAAUGGGAGAUAUCAGUGAAACCGAUAUAAGUCUUGCUGAAGCAUUUAAUGGUGUUAUAUUUGGAUUCAACGUGAAAGCCAAUGAAAGUAUUAAAAAGCUGGCUGCUAAAAAGGGAAUAAAAAUUAAACUUCAGAACAUAAUCUACAAACUUAUUGAUGACUUGAAAGAUGAGCUAAAUAGCAGAUUACCCCCAUCUGUGGUGGAGAAUACAAUAGGGGAAGCUUCUAUUCUCAACAUCUUCUCUGUGACAGUAGGAAAAAACAAAAUCCCAGUAGCUGGAUGCAGAGUACAGAAGGGGCUGCUAGACAAAAACUUAAAUUUCAAGUUAAUCCAUAAUGGCGAUGUUAUUUGGAAAGGAUCUUUAUCAUCACUGAAGCAUCAUAAAGAUGAUGUCCAGGUAAUAAAAGCAGGUAUGGAUUGUGGAUUGAGUUUGGACAAGUAUCUAGAAUUUAAUAUUGGAGAUGAAAUUAUCUGCUACGAAGAAAAAGAAGUUCAACAGACAACUUCCUGGGAUCCAGGAUUUUAAAAUACAUUGGAAUACGUUAACACCAAAGGACAUGUAUUAUUCCUGGCUGGCCUUCAACUCAACAUUAAAUGAACUGCCAGAGAUGCA